AUGGUGAAGCAGAAGCAAGUCGCUCCUGAAGACUCUGACGACGAAUCGCAGAUUCCCAGGCCUCAUCCCGAACAAGAAGAUAGCAGCGAGGAAGAAGAAGCAGCAACUUCAUCUAACGAGGACGAAGACACAGACGAAGGCAAAGAUGAACGUGAGAAACACGUGCUGGUUCCCAGGAAGCCUCAACCGCAAAAGUGCGCAGCCGAAAAUAGUAUCGACCACUCGAACCAACCAAAACGUGGGAAAAAGGCACAGGAGGAUCACGCCGUCGGCUUCGUUGAAGAGGAUCCGCAUAAAUCACUUGACGAGUUCAAAUCCCUCUUUCAAAGGGUUUUCAGCGAGGAAGAUGAGAUAGGUAUCUUGAAAGGCAUGUCUGAGUUCAUCGGGAAAACAGGGAAGAAACCCUAUAAAUGCGUUGAUGAAUUUUAUGAUUUUAUGAAGGGGUCGAAUUUGAUUCGGGCAAAUGUAUCAUGCAUGAAAUUGAAGGAUAAGAUCCGCCGGCUAAAGAAGAAGUUUGAGAACAACCUAGAAAAAGAGAAGAACAGCAAGGGGACAACUUUAAAACAGCACGAGUUGGAAGCACUUCAGUUGGGAAAGAAUGUUUGGGGCCACGAUGGCCGUGGCGGUGAAGCAGUGCGCAAAAAGGAUACAGUUAAUAAUGAGAAGGCUGCGAAGAUUACUCCCAAGAAGGAUUCAAAUGGAAAAGCUGAAGCAAAGUCCAAACUAAAUUCUGAACCUUUGGAUUCAAAUGAAGGUAGAAGGAUGAGUGAAUUUUCUAUGACUACUUUAGCUUUGACUUCAAUGUUGAAGUACGAUGGGACUUUUGGUAAGCCUUUCGGUGAAGAUUAUAUUAGAAAGGGAAUAGAGUUACUUGGAGUCUCAGAGGGAAGACAUCGAGGCUAG